AUGUCUCCCGCGGCGACCACGUCGCCAACCACUCCCUCCUUCUCCUCCUCUUCCUCCUUCACCAGAACAGGCCGCAAUUUGGACGCCGCCAACGUCGUCGUAGAGACGGCGGACGCUCCAGAAGCAUUCCCGGUCUUCGACGAAGACUCUCCUGAGGGUUCGCCCUCAUCAUCGCCUUCGCCCUCUCCCCCGCCCUCUCUCCGCCGUCGUUCUCGCCAAGUCAACGAGAACGACCGUCGCGCCUUCUUCGGCCUUCCCAAGCCGAAGGUUUUCAACUACGUCGACCUCCGAAAUCACCUCCUUCUCACCGGCGCCAUGGGCGCAGUCAAAGUCCCAGUCCCAGGGCCAGCACGCCUCAAGCGCUCAGCAGGACCUGACGAAUGGCUCGAAGCAGCAAAAAACUGCAAGUACCUCUCAGAAUACCACAUGAAGCAGCUCUGCGAGAUCGUCAAGGAGUACAUGAUGGAAGAAUCAAAUAUCCAACCUGUGUCUACUCCAGUCACCAUCUGCGGCGAUAUUCAUGGUCAAUUCUACGAUUUACUCGAACUUUUUCGAGUGGCAGGAGGCAUGCCGAAUGAAUCAGCGCCCGAAACACCCGUCACACCCGCAAACAUCAUUACUUCCGCAGACAUCGAACCACCUUCUACCAUCACAGACCCGAAACUGAAGAAGAAACUGAGACUCGGAGGAUCGGAACAUCCUGAUCCACCAAGCGAGAAGAGCAGUGAGAUCAGCGAUGCCGAAGAAAUACCCUCAUCACAGCACUCAGAGAUCGAAGACGAGAGAUCAGAGUCAGGAAAUGUCAUCUCCCGCAAGCAAAAUGCAAAUUUCAUCUUCCUUGGAGACUACGUCGAUCGCGGAUACUUCUCCCUCGAAACCCUUACGCUUCUCCUAUGCCUCAAAGCAAAAUAUCCCGACAAAAUCACACUGGUCCGAGGAAAUCAUGAAUCUCGCCAGAUCACUCAAGUAUACGGCUUCUACGAAGAAUGUGUACAGAAAUAUGGAAACACCUCAGUAUGGAAAGCCUGCUGUCAAGUCUUUGAUUUUAUGACACUGGGAGCCAUAGUAGAUGGCAAAGUUCUGUGCGUCCACGGGGGUCUGUCCCCAGAAAUCAGAACACUCGAUCAAGUUCGAGUGGUUGCACGAGCACAAGAGAUCCCUCACGAAGGCGCAUUCUGUGAUCUCGUAUGGUCAGACCCUGAAGACGUGGAAACCUGGGCAGUAUCGCCCCGAGGAGCUGGUUGGCUUUUUGGAGACCGAGUCAGUCAGGAAUUCUGCCACGUCAACGGCCUCAACCUCAUUGCAAGAGCACAUCAGCUAGUCAACGAAGGCUACAAAUAUCACUUUAAGAGUCAGGACGUGGUGACAGUAUGGAGCGCUCCCAAUUACUGCUACAGAUGCGGAAACCUGGCAUCGGUAUGCGACAUUGGCGAAGACAUGAAGCCAACAUUCAAGCUUUUCAGCGCUGUCAAAGAUGAGCUACGACACGUUCCACCAUCAAGAGGUGGACGGAAUGAAUAUUUCCUUUAG